UUCCGUUUCCUCUUCAACGAAGCGCAGUCAAGAUGAAAGCUAAAGGAGUGCUGAAAGAAUACCAGGUGAUCGGGCGCAAGCUGCCCUCGGAGCGCGAACCGAACCCGCCGCUCUUCAAGAUGCACAUCUUCGCCCCGGACCAGAUUGUGGCCAAGUCGCGUUUCUGGUACUUCCUGCGCCAGCUGCGCAAGUUCAAGAAGGCCACCGGCGAGAUCGUGUCGGUGAAACGCAUCAUGGAGAAGACACCGCUGAAGGUGAAAAACUUUGGCAUCUGGCUGCGGUACGAUUCGCGUUCCGGAACGCACAACAUGUACCGCGAGUAUCGUGAUCUGACCGUCGGUGGUGCCGUGACGCAGUGCUACAGCGACAUGGCUUCCCGUCACCGUGCCCGUGCCCAUUCGAUUCAGGUUAUCAAGGUGGAAGCGAUCGCGGCUUCGAAGACGCGCCGUGCUCACAUUAAGCAGUUCCACGAUUCGAAGAUUCGUUUUCCACUCGUCCAGCGCUAUCACCACAAGCGCUACCGGAAGCUGUUCUCGUACCGUCGCCCGGUUACCUACUACAUGUAAGGUGUGCCGCCCUGUUACACCACGGGAAACCUGCCACGGUGCGGUAUGUGUUCUUGUUUGUGUGGUGCACGAUGUGUAGAAAAGGAAUCAAUGCCGGUGGUCAGUGAGAACGGGAAAAUCGCAGAGCCAGGGAGUGAUGUGAUACUGGCAGGAGACGCAUGCAGCUUCAAGGGAGUCCCUGACGCUGCUGUAGCUGCACCGUGGUCAUCACGUUUUUCAACGCAUUAGCUACGGGGCCGCGACCUACCAUCCGAGAGCGAACGUAAACAAUGUGUGUGAAAAAGCUACGUGAAAAAUAAAAAGAACAGUUUCAAGUGAAACUCCGCCAAAACAGCCA